GUGUUAACGAACAGCACUACAGUCUUGUAGUACGAGUACUCUUUUGACUUUUCUUCAUUCACGAUUGACUUCUUAGCAAUCAGCUGUGCAGUUGCAGUAUCAAAACCAUCCACCGGUGGCGUACAAAUGUCCUAUCUCAGCGUUUUAUCAGCGUACGACUUGUACUACCGUACAACGCGUCUGCGUGCUUGAACACGAAUCAAUCAGCUGUUUUACUCUCUCUCUGGCGCUGUAGUAUUUUACUCUUUCUCUCUGGCGCUGUACUGUUUUACUCUUUCUCUCUGGCGCUGUACUGUUUUACUCUUUCUCUCUGACGCUGUACUAUUUUCACUCUGUCUUAACUUUCUCAGUCGUGUGUGUGUGGCCACUGAUAACCAAGCGAGCAAUGCAGGCCAGUGAACGACGCUUACCAAAACACAAAGACAUGCAAUCUUAUCUCCGUUAUCACCGCGAAUCCUCACCGUGUUCCACUUGAUUACAUCCGGAAAAAUGUGAGGCAAUUAGUCGAUUCUCCCAUUUCGCUGCAAUCCAAUGUUCCCGCCAUGUUCUGGCUGACGGAGUUUAAAACGCGCUGGCCGCUGCUGUACACGGUGGUGGACCGUUUCCUGGUCUUCUUCGUCCUCUUCCCCAGCGUCGUGGCCUACUGGGCGUCCAUCUGGGCGGUACUGGAUUAUCUCCUCGCCGACUUACCCAUUGAACCGCUGAUCUGGGGGUACAUUGUCGCGGGGGUGUUCGUCCUCGUAGCUCUCAACUGUUUCCAGUAUGAUCUCAAGGAGCACUUUCAGGAGCCGCACGGGAAUGUGGUGAACAUCAUCGUCAAGCGGGUGUACACCGCCGUGGCCGGGUGCGGGAAUUUGUUUCUGUGGAAAGGCGUAUGGUGGGCGCAGGACUACUACUCCGGGACCAGCGUGGCCAGCGCCGUCUUCUCCAUAGUCAUCGGCGUGAUCCUGCUGAUCUUGCUGCGGUGCUCGUGCAACGGGAUCGCCGUGCCGCUCGGCACGGCCUUCGAUGAGCAUGAACAAUUUUUUAUUAUUCCCACGCGCUUUCAGAAAAAGAAUGACGAACGCUGCCUGCUCCUGCUGGACUCCCUGUUCUCCGUGGCCGUAGUGGGCUCCCUGGUCGUCUUCGAGUGGCGCGGCAUCUGGCUGCUCCAAGACCUCCUCGUCUACCCCAACAACAAGGACAUCAGCGUCAUCCUCAGCGUCUUGAUCGGCUACUACGUGGCCAUCAUGGUGGAUAUGGCGCAGAAACCAGCGGCCAGCUUCUCCGCCUACCUGGAGAAGCACUACGGCUGGUGGUCGAAACUGGUCUUCGAGGAUCUGUAUCUGUUGCUGGCCAAGAUCUGUGUGCUGGCGGCGUGGCGGGGGCUGUGGGUGGCCUGCGAGAUGUGGAUCCGCACCCCGGAGUACGCGGUGUUGUUGGAUCGAUCGUUGAUUUUGUGUGUCGUGUCGUAUAUUAUCCCCACGGUGCUGCUGCACGCCAAUUCCUUUUUUAUCCUGGAGGUGCAGAUUGACGGGGGCAUGGCCGAUGGCGCCGGGUGUAAGGUCAAGUGCACCGUGCUCAAUCAUUACGUCGAGUUCUGGGAUCCCGAGAGCAGGAAAGCCCGCGGGAAGAGGAGAGAGAAGGAGAAAGUGGCCAUGCUGUCGCCCAUGUCCUCCACGGAGUCCACCGCGACAUCGUCCGGCGCGUCGUCCGGGCAGAAUGACGUCUCACCGGAUAAGAUUCCCAUUCCUUAAAUGCAUGCAUUUCUGAAUUUGUGGUAUUAGCCUUUCGUCCUGUCCUGCUCCUGAAUGGCAUUCACUUGGGCACGUGUAAUAUUGUGAUGCUGCCGAAUGCGGCGAUGGAAGUGUUAUAACCGAUAAAAUUUUUUAACAAAUUCCUCUAGUUUUUUGUUUGUUACGAAUUGGUCGGGAAUAGCGUCGGUUCGCACAGGUGCUGCCAAAGCGGAAGACUUCUGUUGAGAGUUAGCUAUCCUUUUUUUGAUGCUCUUCUCCAUUGAUCGUGAUUGCCGGGAAAUAAUAAAUACGUGUUUAUACUG